GGUGGUUGUUGCUUCCGAAUCAUUCCGAUACGAGUUUCCCUCCGACAGAGUUCUUGGACUCAAAGACGUUUUACGAGUAACAAUUUUCCCGGACAGUUUUGAUAAGAGAAAUGUGUAUUGAUAAGCAAUUCAGUGUGUCGUGUGAUAACAACAAAGUAGCCGUGAACAUGGGCCAUCCGAAGAAGGCCAAGUUUGCAACCUACAGUAUUAAGAAAGUUCUUCGAUCGCUUUUCACAAAACACGCCGAAGCUGCUGCAAACAAAAAAGGAGUAACCUUGACAACAUCCCUCGAAUCGUUGGACAACAUCCGGAAUUCUCAGUUUGAGGAUCACUACGAAGAGAUCGAAGAAAACGCCGCCAAUGAAAAAUUACUAUCCUGCCUUUGCGAUGAAAUCGAAUCGAAUUCCGGAUCAUUUGAAAGGAUAAGUGACAUCCACUGCAGGCAGCAUCUCAUUCAGCACCAACGCUACCUGGAUGAUAACGAUCAGGCGGAGAUCUUCGUUCCAGUUCGCUUUGCCAGAACCGACGCUGGAACUUUCUUCUGGACAACGAAUUUGCAACCGAUCGCCACUGACGAUGACCUCAUUCAACCAUUUCACUGUUCCACUGCAAACCAGAGGCCGCAACUUCAGUUUCAAGAUCGCUGGGCCCAAGCCUAAAAACGCUUCUUAUGGAUGACCUCUUAUCUUUAAUCUUCUGAGAAGAUUCAUUCAAAAAAAAUUAAAUGAAUAUGAUUCCAGAUGUCUUCCGCAAAAAGAUUUUUAGAAUUUGUUGAAAGCUUUAAGAUAUUUGUGAUAAUCCUCUUUUGAAUUCUUUUGAUGCUUUUCUUUAAUGAUUGAUAAAAAAAUCUAUUUUAUUUCUAUGAAUGUUAAUAUUCAAAUUCUUCUACACGAAAAACUUGUGAUAUUUUAUACGUAAGAGAUUUAAGAAAAAAAUAAAAAAACUGUACAAUACAA